AUGGCUAGUGACAUCGACGCCUCCCGACCUACCCUGUCAGGUUAUACAGGACCUGAUUCGGAUCAGUUGAUAUACGGCUUACCUGCAGCGAUUGACAAUCCUGGUGAUCUGAGGCCAAGCUCUUCUCUCGGUCUCGAAGCCGAGUACGCGUACCAAUGGGGUCCGACAACGCUGGUCGAAUACAAGCAACACCUGGAUAGUUUCCUGGAGAACCACUUUCCGACGGCCUCUCAGAUCCGUCUGAAACAGGAUCUUGAGCAGUACCUAAACGCAUGGACGCCGAAAGAUAAUGAAUCCGCUAUCUCCUUGCCCGCACUCGGAGGAACGGGCAUCUCUCGCAAGAUCUACAUGACCGACAAGGACGAUUCAAGGAUGAACUCUGACGAUGUCGCUGACUGGGUCGAGAACAAGGACGGGUGGGACGUCAUCUUCAUAGACGAUCAGGCUGCGGAAAAGUUUGUCGAUCGGAACCUCGGGUCGAGUCGAUUGAAACAGGUCUGGGAUGCGCUGCCGAAAGGGAUCAUGCACUCGGACAUGUUAAGGUAUACCCUUCUCUACCUGAAUGGCGGGAUCUACACCGAUCUCGAUACCAGACCCUUGAAACCUCUGUCCGAAUGGGGCCGUGAGCCAGACCUCUUUCGACAAGGCCGGGGUUGGUUGUUCCCGGAAGACCAGGAGCAUGAGCCGACGCCGGAAGAACUGGAAAAGAUGAAACGGUCUUUGGACGUAGCGAGCGUUGUUGUCGGGGUAGAGAGCGAUGUCGGCGGUCGAGAAGACUGGCAUGAUUGGUGGCCUCGACCGCUUCAGAUUGUACAAUGGACCAUCGGGUCAGCCCCUCGUCAUCCCAUCCUCCUCGACGUUUUGCUUGGGAUCACCCGUGCCACCUCUCGAGCCUAUACCUGGGCACGUGAACACCAAAUUGACUCUACCACCCGGUCACCACAAGACUCGGACACGACCCUACCCGAUAUCACCUCUGAACCUAACGCGGGCGGACCCGUAGGCGUAAUGGAAUGGACUGGACCGGGCGUAUGGACGGAUUCGGUGCUCCGAUACUUGCGGGUCAAGUAUGGGGUCAGGUGGACGGAUCUGAGGAGAUUGGCGAGACCGGUGAGAAUCGGAGAGGUUGUGGUAUUGCCCGUGACUGGGUUCAGCCCGGGCGUAGGGAAUUUCGGGGCCAUGUCUAGGAAACACCGUGAAGCGAUGGUGGAACACAAGUUUGCGGGGACCUGGAAACCCCGCGAAUCGAGACCCGAGGAGGAAUGA